AAACCCCGAAAAAAUCGCCGUGAUCGCAACUGAAUUAUUAUUAGAACUCCGAUGUGAAAAAAAAAGCGAACUUUUUUUGAAAAAAAAAUUGGGAAAUCCCUCCCUUUCGCUCGCUUUCUCUGGAUUUCAAUCCUCGGAAACGCUUGAAUCUUUGCUGAGAUCGAUGAAUUCGGAGCUUUUCUGAGUGCUGGGCUGGAGAUCUGGAGUGUUUUUAGGGUUUUAUGAUCGGAGGUGAAGCUUUGGCUUUGGGGUUUUGGUGAGCUGAGAUCUGGAGUUUGGUUGGUGUUUUUGUUGAGGGUUUAGCUUGAGUUGUUGGGAAUUAGUGCGUGGGUUGGGGUUUUGAGCUGGUGUUUGAUUUACUGAGCUGUGGUGGAGCUUCAGUGUUUGGGUUUUCUUUUUGUAGUUCUGUAGUGAUUGUUAUGGAUGGUUGGGUUUUUUUUAGCUGAAGAGGGGUUUUAGGUUCUUGGUUUUGAUGUUGAAGAGUGUUUAAGCUUUGGAUGGUGGGAUAUUGAAGCUGAGGAGACUUGAAAGCGGCUUCUUUUUUAGUGGAACUUGCUUUUGGUUGAAGCGCUUGGGGAGUGGUGAGUUGAUUCCUUGAGUUUUAGCCAAAGUCUGAGAUUUUGGAAAAGCAUAGGUUUUGGUUUGUGUGGUGAUAGUAGAGUUGCUUUUUGGUGAACUGAAGAGUGGAGAGAGUCUAAAGUAGAGCGUUUGUUUUUUUUUGGGAUUUUGAUGGUGUGUUCUUUAUUGGAGGAUAAGAUUUAAUGAAGUUAUGUUAGCUUUCCUCGGUGGGGAAGGAAAAGGAUGGUUCUUCAUCACUUGAAAUGCCUUUGUUCAAAUAUUUCAGUUGAUUAGGAGAAGAAAAGGUGGGGUUUUGUUCCCUUUUUGCUCUGGAGAAUUCCCAGUUUGUUAUGAUGAGGCUCUCAUCAUCGAGUCCCGCUCAGCAGACGCAGGAAGGUGAGCAGAAGUCUCUGAAUUCAGAACUCUGGCAUGCUUGUGCUGGACCACUUGUGUCAUUGCCUGCUGUUGGAAGUCGCGUGGUAUAUUUUCCACAGGGUCAUAGUGAACAGGUAGCUGCAUCAACUAACAAGGAAAUUGACUCUCACAUCCCUAAUUACCCGAGCCUACCUCCGCAGUUAAUGUGCCAACUCCAUAAUGUGACCAUGCAUGCUGAUGUGGAGACUGAUGAGGUUUAUGCUCAAAUGACACUGCAACCACUGAGCCCGCAAGAGCAAAAGGAUCCCUUCCUACCAGCUGAAUUAGGGACUCCCAGCAAACAACCUACAAAUUAUUUCUGCAAGACUUUGACUGCUAGUGAUACCAGUACCCAUGGUGGCUUCUCUGUUCCUCGUCGUGCUGCUGAGAAAGUGUUUCCUCCACUGGAUUUUACCCAGCAGCCACCUGCGCAAGAAUUAACUGCAAUGGACCUUCAUGGCAAUGAGUGGAAAUUUCGUCAUAUAUUCCGUGGUCAGCCAAAGAGGCAUCUUCUUACUACCGGAUGGAGCGUGUUUGUUAGUGCAAAGAGGCUCGUUGCAGGGGAUUCUGUCCUUUUUAUCUGGAAUGAUAAUAAUCAGUUGCUUUUAGGCAUCCGUCAUGCUAAUCGGCCCCAAACAGUCAUGCCUUCUUCAGUAUUGUCUAGUGAUAGUAUGCACAUAGGUCUUCUUGCGGCAGCAGCUCAUGCAGCUGCUACCAGUAGCCGGUUCACCAUCUUCUAUAAUCCAAGAGCAAGUCCAUCUGAGUUUGUCAUACCUUUAGCUAAAUAUGUGAAAGCAGUGUACCAUACUCGUGUAUCUGUGGGCAUGCGCUUCAGAAUGCUUUUUGAAACGGAAGAGUCAAGUGUUCGAAGAUACAUGGGCACGAUAACAGGUAUAAGCAAUGUAGACCCUGUCCGCUGGCCAAAUUCUCACUGGCGUUCUGUUAAGGUGGGUUGGGAUGAAUCAACUGCUGGAGAGAGGCAACCGCGGGUAUCCCUUUGGGAGAUAGAGCCUCUAACAACAUUCCCGAUGUAUCCAUCCCCUUUUCCUCUGAGACUCAAACGUCCAUGGCCAUCGGGAUUGCCUUCUCUACAUGGUAUAAAGGAUGAAGACAUUGGUCUGAAUCCUUCCCUUAUGUGGCUUCGAGAUGGUGCAGACCGAGGCUUUCAAUCAAUGAAUUUUCAGGGAAUUGGAAUGUCUCCUUGGUUGCAACCGAGGUUAGAUACUUCCUUUCUUGGUCUACAACCUGACAUGUACCAAGCAAUGGCUGCUGCUGCUGCGCUUCAGGAUAUGAGGACUAUUGAACCAUCAAAACAAACAAAUCCAGCAAUUCUUCAAUUCCAGCAACCUCAGAGCAUGACUUCCAACAUGCCUAUACUAGCUGGUCAGGUUCUACAACAAAUUCAACCUCAGUCUCAGCAAGCCUUGCUUCAGAUGAUUCAAGGAAACCCCCGUCAGAAUGAGACUCAGUCGCAAUUUAUUCAACAUCAGUUGCAGCAUUGCAACUCUUUUGGUGAUCAACAGCACCAGCAUAUACAACCAAUCCCUCCGAAGCAUCACCAAAUUCAACAACAUCAAAAUCAUCAAAUACAACCACAGCAACAUCAGCAUGUGCAGCAACAUAAGCUCUUGGUUGAUCAUCAGCAAAAUCCUAAUGUAAUGCCAGCCAUGUCCCAUUUCAUCGCUGCCUCCCAGCCGCAGCAGUUCAUCCAGCAUCAGAACUUUGCUGACUCAAAUGGUAACCCUGUGCCAUCAUCCACUGUAUCUCCCUUGCAUGGUCUUUUGCAGUCUUUAUCUUCAGAAGAAACUUCAAGCCUUCUUAGUUUGCCGAGAACUAACCCUGUGAUCAACUCUGGUGUUUGGCCAUCCAAGAGGGUUGCAGUUGAGUCCAAAAUUGCUUCCGGAUCUCAGUUAGAACAAAUAGGCAAUCUGCAGUCCGGCAUAUCCCAAAACUCAGUCUCAUUGCCUUCAUUCCCAGGAAGGGAAUGCUCAGUAGAUCAAGACGGUAGCAUCGAUCCCCAAAACCAUUUUUUGUUUGGUGUCAAUAUAGACUCUCCGCUCCUAAUGCAGGAUGGCAUGUCAGGCCUCAGGAGUGUGUGCACUGAAAGUGAUUCGACGGUUGUGCCAUAUGCUCCAACUAAUUUUCUCAGUCCCACAGAUACUGAUUUCGCCUUGAAUCACUCGUUGAGUUCCAAUCAUUUAGAUGAAUCAGCACUUGUGCAGUCUUCUGAGAACAACUUGGGUCAUGCAAAUCCACAAAAUGGAACCUUUGUCAAGAUAUAUAAAUCGGGGUCUUUCGGGAGGUCUCUGGACAUCACUAGGUUCAGCAGUUACGAUGAGCUGCGUAGUGAACUUGGACGUCUAUUCGGUCUUGAAGGCCAAUUGGAGGACCCUCUGAGAUCAGGCUGGCAGCUUGUAUUUGUCGACCGGGAGAACGAUGUGCUUCUCCUGGGCGACGACCCCUGGCAGGAGUUUGUCAACAAUGUGUGGUGCAUAAAGAUACUCUCACCUCAAGAAGUGCAGCAAAUGGGGAAACAAGGCAUUGACCUUCUAACCUCCAUUCCACUCAAAAGGCUUUCAAGCAGUUGCGAGGACUACCGACAGGACUCGAGGAAUCUAAGCACAAGUAUCCCCUCCGUCGGCUCCCUUAAUUACUGAACCGUCGAAGUUUUGCUGCACGGUAAGUUUUCAAGUUUACGUCUGUUUGUUUAAUUACUGUAUCAUAUGAUACGCAUGAAACCGAAUAUAUCUAUAUAUAUUUAUAUAUAUAUGCUUCAUGUAUUAUUAGAACACCGAUUCUGUUAAUUUCGACAGAAAGCAAACAUUGUUCUCACAUUCGUGUCGAUAUCUUGAUUCCAUGUGAAUGUGUUGAGUUCCGGACAUGCAACCAUAGAUGUGAAUAAUACAUAUCGACAAACGUCGACGUC